AUGAAUACGAAGUUGUUGCUUUUGGUGGCGGUGGCUGUGGUCUUGGUGCCUGAGAUAGCAGGGUGGAGGUACACAUCAUACAACCUGCUUCAGCAGUACCGCAAACUGUGCAAACAAGUGCAACAGCUAAAACACAUUGUUUUAAUUCUUAGUAAAGGAUUGAAGGGCGAGCCUGGACCUUCAGGACAAAAGGGGGACACUGGUGACAAGGGGGGCACAGGAUCUCAGGGUAGUCAAGGCGCCAAGGGGAAUCUUGGGGUCAAAGGUGAUAAGGGUAUCCAAGGUACUCAGGGUUCUACCGGACAGAAAGGAGAUCAAGGAGCAUCAGGAGCAAAGGGUGAUAAGGGAGAACAGGGCGCCAAAGGGGCCAUUGGUGCGACUGGUCCCGCGGGGGAUAAAGGCGAGAAGGGGGUUGGUGAGAAGGGAGAGGCUGGCACGAAGGGACAGAAGGGAGAAACAGGACCUAGUGGGUCCGCAGGAACAGCUGGGACUAAAGGGGAGGCAGGAGAUCAGGGACAGAAAGGGGAAGCAGGAGAAAACGGGGCUGCGGGCGCCGCUGGAGAGAAGGGCGAAAAGGGACAGAAGGGAGUAAAGGGAGAGAAAGGGAGCACGGGAGGAGGAGCCAGGAUGAAUAUGAAGUUGUUGCUACUGGUAGCAGUGGGCGUGGUCUUGGUGCCUGAGACAACAGGGUGGCGGUACACGUCAAAUAGGCUGUCUCAGCAAUACAACUAUCUACAGAAACAACUGCAACACCUGCAACAUAUCAUCUUAAUUCUCAGUAAAGGUUUGAAGGGCGAGCCAGGACCUUCAGGACAAAAGGGGGAUACUGGGAACAAGGGGAACACAGGAUCUCAGGGUAAUCAAGGCGCCAAGGGAGAUCUUGGGGUCAAAGGUGAUAAGGGUAUCCAAGGUACUCAGGGUUCUACCGGACAGAAAGGAGAUCAAGGGGCAUCAGGAGCAAAGGGUGAUAAGGGAGAACAGGGCGCCAAAGGGGCCAUUGGUGCGACGGGUUCCGCGGGAAGUAAAGGCGAAAAGGGGUUGUCUGAAAAGGGAGAGGCCGGCACGAAGGGACAGAAGGGAGAAACAGGACCUAGUGGGUCCGCAGGAACAGCUGGGACUAAAGGGGAGGCAGGAGCUGAGGGACAGAAAGGUGAUGCGGGAGCUAAGGGGGCUACAGGCGCCGCUGGAGAGAAGGGCGAGAAGGGACAGAAGGGAGUAAAGGGAGAGAAAGGGGGUCCAGUAAAACAAGUACUUACACCCAAAGGAAGGGCCAUCAUUGGUAACUUUUAUGUUCAAAUUGCACUAAAGAAAGGUAAACAGAUUUCCUGUAAAGGAACCCCAGGUAUGGAUUUGAAGCUGGUUCUCCUGCUGGCAGUGUGUGUUUGUGUGGUGCCAACAGUGACAGGUUGGGGAUACACGUCUUAUUAUACCUUAGUGGCACGUUACAACUAUCUGUACAGAGAACUGCACAAACUAAAACACAUCGUGGCUUCCCUUACCAAAGGAACAAAGGGAGAGCCAGGACCUUCAGGUCCAAAGGGAUCAGAUGGUGCGAAAGGUGAUAAGGGCAAUACUGGAGUCGCUGGAGCUCAAGGCGCCAAAGGAGACCAAGGAAUAAAAGGUGAUAAAGGUGAUAUAGGCGCAAAUGGAGCCGUUGGACCCAUUGGAGCUACAGGAGCCGCAGGCGCACAAGGUGCCAAGGGAGAGAUUGGAUCGAAAGGUGACACCGGGGCGACUGGAGUCACUGGUGCUAAAGGCGAACCAGGCGUUGGUCAGAAAGGAGACACAGGCGCUGCCGGAGCUAAAGGUAACCAGGGCGCUGCCGGAGCGGCAGGGGCCGCAGGUGCUAAAGGAGACAAGGGCGAAGUAGGUGCACACGGUGCACAGGGAGUUCAAGGAGUGCAGGGUAUCCAGGGAGUCCACGGAGAGAAAGGGGAGAAGGGGCAGAAAGGAGAACCUUCUGGCACAAAGGGCAGUCCCGGAGACACCGGUGUCAAAGGAGUAGACGGAACAAAGGGAAUUAAAGGGGAUAUUGGUGACACGGGACCACAAGGUACCAAAGGUGAAAUAGGAGUUAAUGGAGAGAAAGGAGAGAAGGGUUCAGUAGGCCCUAUUGGAGCCAACGGCGCUGCCGGCCCCGUAGGCGCUACAGGCGCGAAAGGCAGUAUAGGCGAAAAGGGAGUCAUUGGAGACACAGGUGCUACGGGUUCUAAAGGUGAAAUAGGAGAAUCAGUUAAAGGGACCGCAGGUGACGCAGGGGCAACAGGUGCAGUAGGUGAUGCAGGUCCUGCGGGACCUACAGGUGCCAAAGGAGAAGUGGGGGAAAAGGGGGCACCAGGAACUACUGGAGCCCAGGGGGUCCAAGGUCUACAAGGGCCAAAAGGCACCAAAGGGGAGAAGGGUGAAAAGGGCAGCCAAGGGGGAACACCCCCUAGUUAG